UUAAAACAAGCGGGGCAGUUCAAGCAAAACAGUUUGCCGCAACUUUUGCUAAUUUCUUAUUGAUAUGUCGGGGUCCAAAUAUGUGAAAUUUUCCAUGCUGGCGAGUUACUUACUGGUCUUUAAUGUUUAAAAAUAAACCAUGGUCCAAGUUUUCAUCAAAUUAACAGAAGUGCCAUUAGAAUGGCAUCUCAUUGAAUUGCAGGGAGCAUUAGAAAGCUUUGAGCAAGAUAUUGCCGGUUUACAUAUUGGUGAUUUACAUUUUGAUGAAAAGGGAAAUCCAUUUUUGAUUGUUGGACAUCAUGUCUUAACAGGAAAACUAGUCAGUCUGGACAAACCUUUUGCUGUUUUAAAAAAAAAUGAGCCUCAACUUAGCAAUGUAAAAACAGAUGCAAUAAAUCAUGAAAAUACUGAAAAUUCACAAGUCAUUUAUAAAGUUGAGGCGUUGAUCAAAGAAAAGAUAAUAUUUAGGAAUCGGCCACGUCCAAUUAUAAUGAAAUCUCUCUCUGCUAAAACUUGAAUCUCAUUUUGGUAUAUUUUAGGAGUUCAAAGUUUCUUUAUAUAAAUUUGAUUUUUUUUACCAAUACUUAGUUGGUUAUAUCCAAUUGAAAGUAAACGUGAUUUAAGCUAUUAUCAGACAUGUUGGCGUAUGUUGAUACAAUAUAUGAAUAACCAAGUUAAUUCUUAUUAUUACAGAAUUACUUUAAUUACAUUUUUAAAUAACUUAUAAUAGUUACACAAAAUUAAAUUUGAAGUUUUGAUUUUAGUUUUUGUUGUAUGAGAUAGUUUUUAUUGCGGAUUUAUUGUAUGCACAUAAUUUAUUAUAGCGGACUAUUUCAAUGCGAUUGCUUCAUUCUG